GUGGUCAGAAUCCCCAGCGACUCCCACCUCCGCCUUCCUUCCUACGCUAACCUGCUGACUCUCUCUCUCUACCCCUCUCUCUCUACCCGCCUCCUCCUCCGCAGAAAACCCUAGGCGAUCGGAGGACGAUGGUGUUCUACUUCAAGGCCCGUCCGGAGGCGGGGGACUACACCAUCUUCAUGGGCCUCGACAAGUACGAGAACGAGGAGCUCAUCAAGUACGGCUUCCCCGAGGACAUCUGGUUCCAUGUUGACAAAAUGUCCUCUGCUCAUGUAUAUCUGAGAAUGCACAAAUGUCAGACAAUUGAUGAUAUUAGUGAAGGUGUGCUGGAGGACUGCGCUCAGCUUGUCAAAGCAAAUUCUAUCCAAGGCAACAAGGUGAACAAUGUCGAUGUCGUUUAUACUCCUUGGGCAAAUCUGAAGAAAACAGCAUCCAUGGAUGUUGGUCAAGUUGGUUUCCACAGUUCAAAAAUGGUUCGCACUGUGAGAGUUGAGAAACGGCUUAAUGACGUUGUCAAUAGACUGAAUCGGACAAAAGUGGAAAGGAAACCUGACUUAAAAGCUGAGCGUGAGGCAGUCAAUGCAGCUGAAAGAGCGGAAAGAAAGCUACAGCUAAGAGAUAAAAAACGACGGGAGGAAAUGGAUAGGAUGGAAAAAGAGAGGCAGGCAGAACUAAGGAGCUACAAGGGUUUGAUGGUUGCUGAAAAUAUGACAUCUAAUAAGCAAAUUGCCUCUGCAAGCAAGUCUUUACAGGAACUGGAGGACGACUUCAUGUGAGAAUGUUUUACUGCAUUGUGGUCAGCGGUUGUUUGCUCUCAACAAGGGAAUUUAGUCGUUCAGCUAUGAUCCUAGGCCAGAAGGAGUCUUUCUUCAAAGAUGAAUGAUCUCCAUCCUUUAACCAUUCAUUUCCCUACCAUAUGGAACUAGCUACUGUGGAUGAUAGUAAAAUGCUGGGUGCACUCGGGACAGAGAGGAAGUGUUUGGAUUCAGAAAGGCUUAAGUGAUUUUAUGAGAUGUGUCCUAUGGAGAUUCUAACAGAUACAACUUUGUCGAUCUUUUGUGGAUUGAAUAUUUAAGUUGUAGAACUUGAUGAGACAUCAUCUUGUGCUGUGUCGUCCUGCAAGUUGUAUGGAAAGAGUCUUUGUUGAAUCGUAAUUUUUUCAUAUUCUCUUUUAGCCCUUAAACUGCUUA